AGAGCGCGCGCGCGCGACCCCCUCACACCCCGCCCCCCCCCUUCCCCCUUCCCCGCCCGCGGUACGCGAACCGCGCCGGGCCACGGCGAUGGCACUGCUGGGCGAGACGGCUCAGGCCACGGCCGCCACAGCCGCAGGGUAGCUCCCCUCUUAGGGUGCAGCUGUCACGACGCGCGGCGAGGCGCGGGCGAGGAGACGGGCGGAGUGAGCCGGGGACCCCCCCACCACCACCACCCCUAGGACGCACCUCGUGGCGCCGGCAGGGAGCGACCAGCGGGACGGGACCCGCACUGCAGGGAGCCCGAGGGAGUUCCCCCCUCCUCCCCUCCCCUCCCCCCUCUCCGCCGAUACUCGUGGGCUCGAGUGCGCGGUCAGUACCGGCGGCGAGAGCCACACGCGUUUUGUUUUUUGCGAGCGAGACUUCGCGCCGCGUUCGUGUAUCGUCGCCCGUAGUGAGCAUGGCCGCAGCGCUGACUCUCAACAGUAGCGAUUUGCCCAACAACCCGAUGGUGAUGGAGUAUGUGAAUGACUUUGACCUUAUGAAACUAGAAGUGAAGAAGGAGCCGCUGGAGCUGAGCUUGAGCCGCGCGUGCGGCCGCCUCGAGGGCUCCCUCUCGUCGUCUCCCAUGAGCACCCCCUGCAGUUCAGUGCCGCCCUCCCCAACCUUCAGCGCGCACAGCCCCGGAGCGCCGCGCCCCAGCCUCGAGGACUUGUACUGGAUGUCCCACUACCAGCAGCAGCAGCAGCAGCCGCAGCAUCCACAGCAGCAGCAGCAGCACGCGCACCAACCCCAGCAGCAGCAGCAGCAACAACAGCAGCAGCAGCAGCACCUAAAUCCAGAGGCACUCAACCUGACCCCGGAGGACGCGGUCGAGGCCCUUAUCGGCUGCGCCCACACCGCGCAGGGCUUCGACUGCUACCGCGCGCCCGUGCCGCAGUACGCGGGGCUUGGCACCGGCGGCCGGGAGGAGCCGCCGGGCGAGACCUCGAGCCACGAGGCAGGACAGCCGGCGGUCGCGAGCCACCACAACCACCACGGCCACAACCACCACCACCACAACCACCACGGCCACAACCACCACGGCCACGGCGGUGCGUCGGGCCAGCAGCACCACGGGGCACGCGUGGACGAGCGCUUCUCCGAGGACCAGCUGGUGUCCAUGUCGGUUCGGGACCUCAACCGGCAGCUGCGCGGCUUCAGCAAGGAGGAGGUGAUCCGCCUCAAGCAGAAGCGGCGCACGCUCAAGAACCGCGGCUACGCACAGUCGUGCCGCUACAAGCGCGUCCAGCAGAGGCACCUGCUGGAGCACGAGAAGACGGAGCUGCUGCGCCAAGUGGAGUCCUUGAAACAGGAGCUGGCGCGGCUCGCGCGCGAGCGCGACGCCUACAAAGAGAAAAAGGACGCGGAUUGUUGAGGCUGCGGUCGGGACGCCGCUUGGAUCAUGAGAGGAUCAACGCGGGGACCCCUGACGCAGGCCCCACGUUCCUCACCACCAGCAGCACCAUCAGCACCACCACCAGCACCAGCAGCACCACCAGCACCACCACCACCAGCAGCA